AUGAGUCGCCAGUUCGUUCGUUCAGUGAUAAAGAACCUAAAAGGCGAAGUAUGUCAUCUGAUGAGUAACUCACUGAAAGGCCGCGAACAUGAGAUGUUUCACAGUCGAUUGGAGAAGAACUUUGCCUACAACAUGGGGGAUGGUAAGUGUGCUCGAGCAGCAUUGGGCAUGGACAUCUACAACGCAUUGUGUCCCACGGCUACAGAAGAAGACAAAACGAACGCUGCCAAAGUUUGUAUCACCAAUGAGUUGGUAGGUUGUUAAAGUUGUUAGGGUGAGGUACGGUAGUCCUGGGAUAGGGUAGAAAUAACUCAAGGCGGGAAAAGACAUGACAAGGUAUGGGUCUGAUACAGUAGAGUAAAGUAGGGUAUGGUAUGCUAGGUCAGGGUAAAGUGAGGUAUGGUAGAGUAUGUAAGGGUAGUUAGGGUAGGCCUUAGCACUCUAUUUUAGGCUUAGAACACUAUUUAGGCUUAGUACACUAUUUUAGGCUUAGAACACUAGUUUAGGCCUAGAACAAAUCUUUAAAUUUUUUUAGGUUUAGUAUACAUUUUUAGGCUUAUUUUACGAAUCUUUUAGCUUCAAACCUUCCUAUUAGUUACCGAUGACAUAAUGGACAAUGCCACAACGAGAAGAGGUAAGCCUUGUUGGUACAAGUUGGAUGGAAUAGGCUUAUCAGCUAUCAAUGACGGUCUUUUACUCGAUUCUGCUAUCGACCAGUUGAUACGAAGUGUCAUAUCUAACCACCCGAAAAAGGAUGCUAUUUUAAGGGACGUAAAUGAGGUAGGGUGAUUUUAAUUUUGAAAAUUUCAAAAAAAUUUUAAAAUUUACAAUUUUUUUUUAAAUUAAAAAAGAAGUAUUAACACUUCGAAAUUCAAUUUUUUUGUAUUUUUAGACCAAACGUGUCACAAUCAUCGGCCAAACCCUGGACUCCCUAAUGGCCGGUAUCGACGGUUGCACUUGGGAACGAUACAAACAAGUUGUUGCUCACAAGACGUCUCAUUACACAUACUUACUACCACUUCAAUUAGGCUUCCAUUUGGCCGACCGAGUGGACUAUAAAGAGUUGGUACCACUAAUGUAUCGAUUGGGAUACCUUUCCAGGCUCAAGUAAGUUGUUUUUAACGACAAUCCUCUAUUAAAACUGAGGUCAGACUUGCUAAAUAUGACUUGAAAAUGCCUAAAGUAAUAUAAACCAAUGAGAUCGUUUAAAGUAAUGUAAACCAAAAAUUGAGAUUGCCUAAAGUAAUAUAAAUGUCUUUUCAGGACGACUAUCUCGACAUUUUUGGCGAUCACACAAUCACAGGCAAAACCCCAACGGACAUUGCUGAAGGCAAAUGCACGUGGAUAAGUUGCAAAGCUCUGGACAUUAUGCGAGACCCAAAAACCAAUCAAAACCUGCUAAAAGAAUUCACUAACAACUUCAACAAGGAAGACGACAAAUGUGUAGCGCGAGUCAAAGAAAUCUUCACGGAUUUGAAACUGGACUCAGAAUUCAAAAAGUUCGAAAAGACGGAAUCGGAUGAAAUGGAGAAGUUACUGGAGCAAAUCCAAGUUAACGAGGUUCGGCCGAUCCUUCAGGACACGCUAGCCCAACUUUCCGGCCGCAAAAACUGA